AUGCCUGCCCAGUGGGGCAGAAGCGAUUGUUCCUGCGGAGGUCGUGAACUUGGGCCGCCGGGGCUCACUGGCAACUUGUUGUGCGCAGUUCUCAAUGGAGCCCCGGACCCAUGGGGCUCCGGGCCCGCCCGCUUUUUUUUUUUUUUUUUCUUUGCUUUUUCUCUCUUUUUUCAGUGUGUGAACUUGAAGCGGAAAGCAGACAGGCGCUUCGCAUACUUCGGCGCCAGCUGCCUCCCCUUCACACUUAAAAGUGGGAGCAGAGGACCCGCUUUGCUGACACUGAGAAGCAGGCCAGACACCCCGGAGCAGAUGAGCAAUGACCCAGCAGAAGGCAGCCUGGACUCCUGCAAAGCAGCAGGUUUGACAGAUGAAAAAGUGAAGGCAUAUCUUUCUCUUCACCCCCAGGUGUUAGAUGAAUUUGUGUCUGAAAGUGUUAGUGCAGAGACUGUAGAAAAAUGGCUGAAGAGGAAAAACAACAAACCAGAAGAUGAAUCGUCUCCUAAGGAAGUCAGCAGGUAUCAAGAUACAAAUAUGCAGGGAGUUGUGUACGAACUAAACAGCUAUAUAGAACAACGGUUGGAUACAGGAGGAGACAACCAGCUACUCCUCUAUGAAUUGAGCAGCAUCAUUAAAAUUGCCACAAAAGCUGAUGGAUUUGCACUGUAUUUCCUUGGAGAGUGUAAUAAUAGCCUUUGUGUGUUUACCCCACCUGGAAUCAAGGAAGGAAAACCCAGGCUCACCCCUGCUGGGCCCAUUGCCCAGGGCACCACCACCUCUGCCUACGUGGCCAAGUCCAGAAAAACGUUGCUAGUAGAAGACAUCCUUGGGGAUGAACGAUUUCCAAGAGGUACCGGACUGGAAUCAGGGACGCGUAUCCAGUCUGUUCUUUGUUUGCCAAUUGUCACGGCAAUCGGUGAUUUGAUCGGCAUCCUUGAGCUGUACCGGCACUGGGGCAAAGAAGCCUUCUGUCUGAGUCAUCAGGAGGUUGCAACAGCAAAUCUUGCCUGGGCUUCAGUAGCCAUACAUCAGGUUCAGGUAUGCAGAGGUCUCGCCAAACAGACUGAAUUGAAUGACUUUCUGCUCGACGUUUCAAAAACGUACUUUGAUAACAUAGUUGCGAUAGAUUCUCUACUUGAACACAUAAUGAUAUAUGCAAAAAACCUGGUGAAUGCCGAUCGUUGCGCCCUUUUCCAGGUGGACCAUAAGAACAAGGAGUUAUAUUCAGACCUUUUUGAUAUCGGAGAGGAAAAGGAAGGAAAACCUGUCUUCAAGAAGACCAAAGAAAUAAGAUUUUCAAUUGAGAAAGGAAUUGCUGGUCAAGUAGCAAGAACAGGGGAAGUCCUGAACAUUCCAGAUGCCUAUGCUGACCCACGCUUUAACAGAGAGGUGGACCUGUACACAGGCUACACGACCCGGAACAUCCUGUGUAUGCCCAUCGUGAGUCGGGGCAGCGUGAUCGGCGUGGUGCAGAUGGUGAACAAGAUCAGCGGCAGUGCCUUCUCUAAGACGGACGAAAACAACUUCAAAAUGUUUGCUGUCUUCUGUGCUUUAGCCUUACACUGUGCCAAUAUGUAUCAUAGAAUUCGUCAUUCAGAGUGCAUUUACCGGGUCACCAUGGAGAAGCUGUCCUAUCACAGCAUUUGUACUGCAGAGGAAUGGCAAGGCCUCAUGCAUUUCAACCUUCCCGCCCGUCUUUGCAAAGAAAUUGAAUUGUUCCACUUUGACAUUGGUCCCUUUGAAAACAUGUGGCCUGGAAUUUUCGUCUACAUGGUCCACCGGUCCUGUGGGACAGCCUGCUUUGAGCUUGACAAGUUGUGUCGUUUUAUCAUGUCUGUGAAGAAAAACUAUCGUCGGGUCCCUUACCACAACUGGAAGCACGCGGUCACGGUGGCACACUGCAUGUACGCCAUACUCCAGAACAACCACGGGCUCUUCAGUGAACUCGAGCGCAAGGGACUGCUAAUUGCGUGUCUGUGCCAUGACCUGGACCACAGGGGCUUCAGUAACAGCUACCUGCAGAAAUUCGACCACCCCCUCGCAGCGCUAUACUCCACGUCGACCAUGGAGCAACACCACUUCUCCCAGACCGUUUCCAUCCUUCAGUUGGAGGGGCACAAUAUCUUCUCCACCCUGAGCUCCAGUGAAUAUGAACAGGUGCUUGAGAUCAUCCGCAAAGCCAUCAUUGCCACAGACCUUGCGUUAUACUUUGGAAACAGGAAACAGUUGGAAGAGAUGUGCCAGGCCGGAUCGCUAAACCUUAAUAAUCAAUCACAUAGAGACCGUGUCAUUGGUUUGAUGAUGACUGCCUGUGAUCUUUGUUCUGUGACAAAGCUGUGGCCAGUAACAAAACUGACGGCAAACGAUAUAUAUGCAGAAUUCUGGGCUGAGGGUGAUGAAAUGAAGAAGCUGGGAAUACAGCCUAUUCCCAUGAUGGACAGAGACAAGAAGGACGAAGUCCCGCAAGGCCAGCUCGGAUUCUACAAUGCCGUGGCCAUUCCCUGCUACACGACUCUCACCCAGAUCUUCCCGCCUACAGAGCCUCUCCUGAAAGCCUGCAGGGAUAACCUGAGCCAGUGGGAGAAGGUGAUCCGAGGGGAGGAGAGUGCCGUGUGGAUCUCGAACCCGCCGGCGGCCCAGGGGACCUCGGAGAAGCUGCCCGUGAAGAUCGAUGACUGAUGGCCUCCCCUGACCCCUUCCACCUGAAGAUGUUAAUCCUGCUUCUUUGACUUUUCUUCCUUUUAUUUUUGUGGGGGGAACCUACACCUGGUAAUGGGAUGCAGACCUCUUCAAGAAGGUACCAUUAAGUAAACACAUCCAGCAGACGGCUCCCUGCCGGCCUCCUCAACUGCGUCACAGACGGUGA